UCGAAACGAAUUUGGAUUUUUUUGUUUUUCAUUUUUUUUUGGCUGUUAAUUUGCAUUAUUAUUAUUCAAAGAAGAAUCAAAAAAACCACCUAAUUCAAUUGUCCUCAAUUCUUCAUCAUUUUCAUUCACACCAUUUAAAGUCAUUGUCAAAACAAAAAAGACUUAUCGCCUAUCAAUAUUAUUGAAAAUUUUUUGCACAAAAGAUGAGUCUUUUAGGUAACGGUGGUGGUGGUGGUGGUGAUUGUGAUUCAUCAUUAACAUCAAAUACCGGUUGGGGUAUGAUGCCACCGAUGAAUUCCGGUGCUGAUUGGGGAAAUUCAUCAUCAUCAUCAUCAACAACAUUGUCGUCGUCGUCGUCCAUUGGUGCCAAUAAUAAUAAUAAUAUUUCCGGUAACAAUCAUAAUCAACCACACAGUUCAUCAAAUAACAACAAUGCCAACAUGUCUACUAUUGGUAGUACUAAUAACAGUGGUUCGUCAACAACAACAAAUUGUUGGCAAAACAAUAGUGGACAACAACAACAAUCCAACAGAUCAUUGGUCUCAACUUCCGUCUCAACAACAAUAGCAACAUCAACUACAAUUAACGAACAACAAGCCUUGUCAUCAUCACCAAAAUUAUCAAGCUCAUGGGCACAAGCUGCCGGUAAAGGUCUUUUAGCUUCUGGUAGUCAUCAUAAUCAUCAUCAGAAUCAAUCAUCAUCCAGCAGCAACAGCAGCGGAAUCAAUCAAAAUUCCCACCAAACAACCAAUAAUAAUGUGAUUAAUAAUCAAUCAUCAUCAUCAUCGUUAGCCAAUAAUUCCAACAAUCACAUUGGUAGUUCUGUAUCUUCUGGACCAAAUCAAACAAGUGUUUCAUCAUCUUCUGGCACUCAAAAUAAUCAAUUUAGUCAUGAUUCACCAGCAUCAUCAUCGUCGUACUCAGUAGCCAUGCUAUAUAAUAAUGGCAGCAAUAAUAAUAAUUCCAGUUCCCAGAAUUGUACCACCGGUUCAAAUUCAGCAUUUCAACAACAACAAGCAGCAAACAAUAGUUCGAAUAAUAAUCACUCAUCAUCGAAUGAUAAUAAUAAUAAUUAUAAUAUUGGUGGUAAACGUGCCAUAGCAACUGCUAAUAUUCAAGAAGUUAUUGGUAAUUUGAGUGAUGAAAUACGUGAAACAUUGUUGACUGAAAAAUGGCGUUCACCUGUGAUAAAUCAAGAUUCUCCUUGGAAUCUGCCUCCGUCCCCGCAAUCAUCCAGUCCAAAGGACAAUUCGCAAUGGCGAUGUCCAGUCAACUCAGGAACCGAAAUUUGGGAAGCAGUUGUUAAAGAGAAAAAAUGCUCUAAUGGUGGAAAUGGCAAUGGUAAUGGAAAUGGUCAACCAAUGGCCAAUAAUCAUAAUGGUAUUCAACCUAAUGGUUCGGGUGUAAUUCAUGGUGGACCACAAAUGAAUGGUCCAGCUCCACCAAUCAAUUCGGGAUCAUCAUCAGCAAACAUUUCUAUUCAACCACCAUGGGGCCAAUCAGGCGUACCUUCUAUUGGCGGCAAUUGGGGUGAUGAAGAACCAGAUCUAACAAAUCAUUGGGUACCAAAUCCUAUUGCUAGUGGUGUUGGUGGUGGAAAUGGUACUGCUAGCCAUUCAAGUAUUAAUUGGUCACCAACUAAUGGACCAAUAUUGCCCGGCCAAAACACCAAUUCAUCAUCAGCAUUCGAUUCCGGUUCAAAUCCCGGUUGGAAUCAAACAAAUGAAACAAUAACAACAAAAAGUUUUGACUCAACAACAAAGAAUGUUCCACGUAAACCAUGGGGUUCAUUUGAUAAUGAACAGCAGCAGCAGCAGCCACAGCAUCAACAACAACAGCCACCACAACAAUCGGAACCAAAUUGGGAACGAAUUGCCCCCGAUAAUAGUUUUGGUACUUGGAAUUCGGAUCCAUCGGCCGGUAAAAAAGAAUCUGGUUGGGAAAAAGAAUCGAUUGAUUCUCAAAAUAGACUUAUGGAUGAUGGUACUGCAUUAUGGGGUAGUACUGUUCGUCAAGGAAAACAGCCAAUUUGUAAUUGGAAAGAUACAAAAUUUGGUGGCAAUAAUUCAAUAUCAAACAAUAAUAACAAAAAUGGCUCCAACAAUGGAUGGAACAAAGGAACAGCAAUGAAUGUAAAUCCAACUAACGGUAGUAGUAUUAUUGGCAACACAUCGAAUGGUGGUAUUGUAAUGGGCAAUAAUAAUCACCAAAUGAUGCAACAACAACAACAAAAACCUAAUCAACAAAUGACAAAUCGUUCGACACCAUGGUCUUCAUCGGAUACUAAUCAACAACAACAACGUAAAUCACCAUUAUGGAAUACAACAAUGGAAACAACUGCCGUCAUUGUCGAUCCUUCUGCCAAAAUUAAUGGCAUCCAAACAUCAUCAUCAUCAUCAUGGCUUGCUGAUUCGCCUUCUAGUUCUAGUCUACUUUGGCCUACAAAUGAUAUCAACAAUAAACCAAAUAAUCCUAAAACAGGGCCUGGUGGUGGUAAUGGUGCUGGUUCGAUUUCUGGCCUUCCUCCUGCAGCUGCUGUUGGAUCAAAUUGGAUGGAUCCAUCAGCAUCAAUCGAUACUGGUCAUUGGAGUGCACAAAAUUCUUUGCUACAAAAUCGAAUAGUUGGACCAUCUUCUGGUGUUUGUGCUGGUGGUAAUGGUGGUCUUAUUAAUAGCCAAAAAUUAUCUCGUGAAAUUUAUUCAAGUACUCAUUUUAAAACUUUACAAACAAUGGGCUUUAAGAAAGACGAUAUUGAAAACGCAUUACGAAAUAAUCAGAUGCGUUUUGAAGAUGCUUUAAAAGAGCUAACUGAUGAUAUGAAUCGAUGUGCCUUAACCAACGAUAAUCGUAAUAUGCGUUCGAAUAUAUUCAAUGCUCAACAACAAGCUGCUGCUGCCAUUCCUGGUUCCGGUCCUGGUGGUAAUGGUGGUGGUAAUAUCAACCAAAAUACAAACACUAACAAUUCUAACAUUUCAUCAUUACCUAAUCGUCAAAUGAUUGAUUUGAUUCGUUUGGCUAUCAAUGCUGGUUUUCUUAAUGCACAGAUUCUCAACCAACCAAUGUCACAGCACAAUCUGGAAAUAUUGAAUGAAUUGUUGUCUCAAUUGAAAUUAUUGCGCACUGUACAGCCAUCACGUGAUCCAGCUUCACAGAAUAAAAUGCAACAAAUCAAGCAGAUGAUCUGUACACUUCAGAAUCAAAUUCAAGGACAUAAUUCUACUCAAAGCACUUCACCAUUUAUGAUGAUGCCACCUAAUAAUAAUUCUGGCGGCCCACGUGUUCUUGGAAUGCCAUCAGCUGCUGCUGCCGCUCCUACACCACCAAAUGUUACGGAUUUUUUUACCAACAAACAAAAUUCUAUUGGCAAUCCCAAUUCUAAUGAUUUGGCUUUUGAUUCAUUUGUUCAGAAUCCAUCGCACGUUAGUGGUAGUAAAUUGGGUACAUGGAAAAAUCCUUAUAAACAGGAUGAUCGAUCUUCAAACAGUAACGAUUUUGUUCGUGCUCCCGGACCUUUGGCUAAACAAAAUUCACAUAUUUUAAAUUCAAACAAUUGGGCUGGAUUCAAUGCUGAAGAAGAUACUUGGGGAACUGAUAAAAGUUCAAAUGAACUUGCUGCACCAUUGAGUGGAAUCGUUGAUUAUGAUGUUACGGAUUCUUUUUCCGAACGUUUUGAUGGCUAUUAUCAAACCAAGCCAUGGAAGGCUGGUUCUAAAUCUACUGUUGAUAUGGAUAUGACCACAGUAUCAUUGGAUUCAAGAUCUCCUAAUUCAUUAUUGAAUACAUUUAGUCAAAAGGAUCCAUUCUCGUGGUCAUCGGCUUCAUCAACGCCUGUGGGCAAUGCAAAUCAAAAACCUGGCUUACUCAAUACACAAACCGAUUCGUUUGGUGGCGCAUUUUCGAAUCCAUCACAGCACAGUAAUACAUGGGCUUACAAUCCUCCUAUGCCUUCAUCGGCAUCACAAAAUAUGUUUGGUUCGGGUGAUAAACCCGUUGCACAACAAAUGGGUGGUCCACAGAAAAAAUCCGGAAGUUGGCUAAACAGUAAUGCUCCCGAAUAUAAUUUGAAUUCCGAUUCAUUAUGGAGUAAUCAUGUUUCUGAUGGUGAUAAUCAUACAGCAGCAUCCGGUGGACAACAUAAUUCGAAUAAACCGCGUCCUCCUCCUGGAUUAUCCGGCAAAAUGAAUCAACAAAAUCCUGGAUCAACAAAUUCUGGAAAUGUUUGGAAUUCUGGCCUCACAACUACCAAUAAUCCAUCAUCAUCAUCAUCUGGAUCAUCGGAAUAUUUACGCUUGCGUAAUCUUACCGCUCAGAUUGAUGGCUCUACAUUGAAAACACUUUGUCUUCAACAUGGUCCAUUAAGUUUAUUCCAUAUGGUUUUGAAUCAUGGCGUAGCCAUUGUACGAUAUUCACAUCGUGAUCAAGCUUUUAAAGCACAAUCAGCAUUGAACAAUUGUGUUCUGGGCAAUACAACAAUAAUAGCAGAUUUUCCGACUGAAAAUGAAAUUCAACAAUAUUUGACAAUUGGUGGUGUGACCACCACAGCUACUAAUAACCAAUUAACAAAUUCUCUUGCUGCUUCAGUUGCAACCUGGUCAAAUGGAACAAAUGCUAGUCACACAGUGGUAACUGCUGGUUGUGGCAUACCACAACAACAACAACAAAUCCAGUCAUAUCAAUCAAAUUCUGUAUCAGCAGCUGCACAACAACGUGGUGGUGGUGGUGUCCAAACAUCAUCAUCAUCAUAUGGCAAUAAUGCUGCUGCUGCUUCCUCAUCACAAACCAAUCACCAAAAUUCUUUGCCUUAUGGUGCUGGUGGUGCAACUCAUUCCUCUCAUUCUAAUCCCGUUAAUUCGCUUCCAUUCGGUCACCAUCAUCAACAUCAUCAUCAGAAUCAAUAUAAUGGUAAUUCGAAGCUUAAUGCCGAACAUAGUAUCGUUGGUGGUGGUGGCUGGAAUACGGCACCUAUUGUUACCGGCAAUCCUAUUAUGAAUCGAUGGAAUGAUAUGGGAAAUACUGGUCAAUCAAAUUCAACAUUAGGAUUAGGUCCAAAUGGUGCUGCUGCCAGUCUUUGGAGUACUGGUGGUGGUGGUGGUGGAUUUGGUGGUUUAACUUCAAAUCAAUCUAAUGAUCGUCAAACACCGAUUCAAAAUUUUUUGCCAAACGAUUUGUUGGCCGGUGAAAAUAAUUAAUUUAAACGUGCAUCAAUUUAAUUAGACAUAAUUUAUCCCAAAAUUAUUCAAUCAAAUCACAAAUCAAUUAUUGAAUUUUCAUAUCGAUCUAACGAAGAAAUCAAUUUUUCAUUCAAUUAUCUUAUCGUAUCAAUUUUUUCAUAUUAUUAUUAUUAUCAAGCUUUUCGAAAAAAUAUUCCUUUUUUUGGCUCUUUCUCUCAAUUUCAAUUGUGAUGUGUAUCAAACAAACAAAAAACAACCUAAAUAUUAACACAAAGAAUUGCUCUUUCAUUCGUCCUUAUAUCGAUUUCAUUCAUUCAUCAUUCAAUUCUAAUCAAAUGAAAUUUCGCCAUUUGCUAUAAAUAAUGAUAAUGAUAUUAUCUCCAUGAUUCCAAAGUUGUCUUUAUAUUGUUUUUUUGGAUCAUCAUCAUCAAUGGAUGAAAUAAUCCACAACAAGACAUUUGACCUCAAACUGAAAAUAAUAAUAACAACAACAACGAAAAACUUGUUUCCUUUCCUAUAUUUUUUUCAGAUAAAGA